UGCUGAGAAGAGUAAAGCAUUCGAGAUGGUGCAACAGUUUUCUGGAAGGAGCUAUGAACUGGACGUCGCCAGCAUGGAGAACAUGGAGGCGUUUCUGAACGCCAGCGGAGUCACUGAUCCCACGCACCGCCAGAUGGCUCUGUCAGCGAAGGACACCUUGACACUGACACUGGAGGGUGACAAGGUGACGGAUGUGACCCAGCUGGGCGAGUACAAACACGUGCUGACAUACCGCCUGGGGGAGGAGUUCACAGAGGACACAGCUGGCCGCAAGAGGAAGAGCACCGUCACCCAAAGGGGCGCCGACACGCUGGUCAAGGUCGAGAAGUACGAGGAUGGAAAGACCGUCACCAUAGAGAAGACCUUCAGCGCCGACAAGAUGGUCGCGACACUCUCUGUUGGCAGCGUCACUGCGAAAAGGAUUUACAAAGCAGUCUGAAUUCGCCUUUCAUUCCUCUAAAAUUUAGUAAUUUAUUUCCUCUGUAUAUUUGCAAUAAAUUUUUUUAUCAGAAUAUAACUUCAGUAUGAAA